GGGAAGAGGAAGUGUCUUGGGUGCUGGGGAGGACUUCGUGGGUGGGGACGGAUGGUCAUUGUGAGCUUUCUGGACACACAGAGACCUGCAGGAUGGAUUUUCUCCGGCUUCGUCUCCCUGGGCUACAUCAGGCUUUGAGGGGAGCACUGGACUCCUUCAGUGCGUUUGUGUCCUACCUCGUAGGAGACACAGUCCCCACAGUAGAGAGGCAGACACAGGCAGCUGAGGAACUGGGAGAGGUGACUGAGGGGAAGGUUGUAGGAGAGGAAGCCCAGGAGGUACUGGAGGGACUUAGAAGUGGCCAGAGUGAGGGGGUAGAAGCACCCGAAGAGACUAGAAGAUGCCAAGAAGGAAGUUUAGCUGGUGAACAGACCUGGGGGUGGAGAGCAGAUAGCUCUGCAAGGCCCCAAGCAGAAAGGCAGGACACUGGGUCCUGGAAGGCAGCUGAGGAUGCCAGGGGCCAGGAGCCAAGUGUCCCACUGAAGCCUGAGGCAGAGCCUGGGACUCACAGAGACAGGAGCAGUAAUACAGCCCAGGAGAUCUGGGAGCACGGUGAAGAGGAAGCAAGCAGUGGGGAGCCUCUGAGAACCUGUGAACAGAAGGAAGAAGAGGAGGAGGUGGUCAGAGCAGCAGAGUCAGGGAUGGCCGAGGGGGUGGAGUCACAGCCAACCUGGCACAGCGAGCCUGGGGGGAAUGCUGGCACUGAGGGGCAGCAUGUGACAGAGGACAGCAAAGAGAUAGACUGGGUGGCCAAAGACAUGGUUGCAGAAAUCGAAUGGUUUGGUGCCAAAGGGAUUGACAAGGAAGAGGAGAGGAUGGUCCCAAUGAGGGAUGGUGAAAGGGCAAGGGCACAGGGGACACAAUGCCCCGGGGCCGAGUCUGAGGACCAGGCCAUGUUGAGUAGAGAGGCCUGGACAGUCUCAGACAGGGAGGGGGCUGAUAGCCUAGGAGUUCAGGGAACAGAAUACGGGUCAGACCCAGGAGACAACUUCCCAGGAACUACUGGGAGAGUCUGGGUCCUAGAAGAGGCUGACAAGGGAGACCAGCAGGAUGAGGUCGACGAGAAGAGAGAGGCUGAAGUUAGGUUUCCGAUCCAGACCCUGGAGGCUGAGAGAACUGGAGAGAUGACUGAAGGCCACAUAGCUGAAGAGGAGGCUAUGGGAGAACAGGAAACAGAGGGCAGCUUUGAGGAUGAGGAGAGGCAAGACUUAGCCAUCAGGGAUAAUGGAGUGAGUCUAGAAGAAGAGGUACGGGCAGAAGAAUCCUCCAGGGAGAAAAGGAACUCCUGGGCCACAGAGCCUACGCUAGUCCUAGACACGGAGGCUAAAGAUGAACCUGACUGGGAAGACUCUCCAGAAGUCAGCACUGAGGAGUUGUUUGUGGGAGAGAGGAGUGAAGCCGCCCAGAUGACACCAGAGGUAUUGAGAGUAAAGGUCACUGAAGGACAGGACCCUGAGCUGGUGAGACAUUCCCAGGCUUUAACUAAACAACUUGAGGAAGGACAGAAGGGUCAGGAAGAGACUAGUGGAGCUCCAGACCUGAGCCCAGAGCGGGUGCUAAGCUUGAAGGAAUAUCCUGGGCCUGUGGGGUUUGCAGGCCCUGAGCUAGAAGCCUGGGGAAACUGGAGUAGGGGUGUGGACCGCAGAAAUAGCCAGGAGGUAAAAGCAGAUGCUGAAGCAGGCAAGGAACAGACUGCAACCGAGCAGGCAGUGGAGAUCCGGGCUGAAGGAGGCCAGGAGGCCCAACAGCCAGAGGUCUUCGGGUCAGGAGGAGAGGAGGCACUGACCUCCGUAGCACUUAACCCGGAGCUGGAGGGAAGCCAAGGAGCAGAGGCGGGGACAGAAGAGUCAGUGGAGGAAUCCAAGCCCACAGAAAACGAGGCUGCUGAGGAGGAGGCUGUAGUGCCUUGGGAGGCAGAUGGAACUUGCAGGAAGAGGAGGCUGGAGGAGGUGACUCUGAGCCUGCAAGACAGUGAGGACACAGAGACCAGUUAUUUGGCUGAGGAGAUUAUUGUGGGUAUCAGGGCCGUGGAUACCGAGGAAGGGCCAAAAUGGGAAGCUGGGUUGGCUCCAGAAACAGAGCUUGGGAAAGCCUGGUGUUCCGAGGGCAGAGGGGAGGCUGGGAGAGGCACGGAGCUGGAGGAGACUACAGAGAAGCAAAGUGGACAGGAAGUUGGCUUGGUGGGCUCAGCAGAGAAGGUGUCUGGCUAUGAUAUCCAAGAAAUUGAUGGGACUGAAGAGGGGGAGCAGGCAGAGAUGGAGACAUCUGUAAUGGCAGAAGACAUAAGGGGGACGGAUGGUGUGACUUUAGGCUCCCAGGCAGAGAGAGCAGAGGGGUCCAUAACCCCCAUGGAGACUGAGGGGCUCCUAAGAGAUCAGAUGCUGUUGGAAGAAGAGGCUGGGGGAGGGCAGUCGCGAGAGCAGAAGGUCCACAACUCAGAGGGCGAGAUCCAAACGCUGGACGACUCUUCAGACCAGGAGGGGCAGCAGACACACCAAAUCCCCACAGUAGCUGUGCCUGGGCCCUUGGAAUCGGCUGAGGCCACGGCAGGUGCCCCAGGGGAUGUUCACAGCAACUGGAAUGAGGCCCUGCUCCCUGGGUCCCGCCUGGAUGUCUCUGUCCCUCGGAGUCGUGUGCUCCUCUCUCGAAGCUCCUCACGGCGGCGCUCGAGGCCCUCUUUCCAUCGAAUCUCUGUUCCUGAGCCACAGUGUGACCCUCCCAGCCCCCAACCCCAGGCGGAGCGGCCGGUCCCUGAGCAAUCCUCUCUUCAGCUAGAGGAAACUCCAGAGGUUUGGCUUUGCUCAUCCUGGCAUGAUGCAGGAGCUGCAAGCCCGACUGAGCCAGCCAAAGCCACAGUGACAGGGCCUAGAGCCCUAGAGAGAGAGACCUCCCAAGAGAGUCCGAAGGCUCUUCUGGACCCUGGUUACUCUUGAGUCCCUCGGCCACUGGAAUAUAUCUUUUCACCCUCCCGGCCUCAGCUAAACUGGAUAUUUAUGAAGACCUUGAAUCUAGGAGUCUGAUUAAGCCAGUGAGGAACCUGCUCCACUGGCAUCGAUCAUGGAUUCCUUUCCCGGUGCCCUUUCACAUCUGUCUCAGCUACUCGGAAGGCUACCCGGAAGACUGGGCUGGGGAAACUAUUUUCCCCUAAAUUUCCCCAGUAUGCUCACCUGCCACCCAAUGUGAGAUAAGACCAGCAAGUGUAAGUGUGCUUGCGUGUAAGAUAGCACACUUCUGGGGUGGAAACCAGCCCAAAGGAAAGAGGUUCAAGGGGCUGAGCAAGGGACACCACUUGGAGUCCACGGCCACCGGCAACAGAUCAGUUGCUUUGAGUUUCCAAAAUGACGGCUCGGUAUCACAGCUCUGCAGGUUACUAUGCUAACCUCCAUGCCAGAGUUGGGGAACGUUGCCCAGGAACUCCAAGCACAUAGGAGUAGAGAGGGGUUCUGUGUGGCUGGAAGCUUCCCCCUCCCCCCAACUCCAUCCCAAACCGGCCUGUUCCUUGGGUGUCAGACCUUCCUGUGAAAAGAUGUGGAAACACAAACCGGGCUGGAUGGCUUUAUUAGGCACCCAGCAUGGUGGCCUAACUCAAGAGUGAAACAAUAAAUAAACCAUUUCUUAAAAAUAAAUAAAUAUCCAAGAAAUAAAUAUCUGGUAAGGA